CGCUUCCUCCUCAGUCCUCAUUCUCCAAAGUUCAAACAUGUCAAACGUUAAAUAAAAAUUCAACGUUGAUCACAAGUGGGUCGAGACUUGGAAAACUUCAAAAAAAGAAAAGAAAAGAAAGAGUCAAAAUUAGCUUUCCCCAUUUUUCUUUGUGUAGAAUUAUCCACACCCAAAUCUUCAAAAUCCCAUCUUUUGUUUACUCAGCGGAUCUACACUUUGUGUAGUGUUUUUUGCCAUGGAAUCGAAGAACCCUGCAAGGUUUAAGCUUGGGAAGCAGUCAUCGCUGGCCCCAGAACGCCAUGGUGAAGAGCAAGAGCUCCAAAACGAUGGAGAUGUUGUGGAUCCAGGAGUGAGGCUUAUGUAUUCGGCCAACGAAGGCGAUGUAGAUGGUAUCCGCGAGGUGUUGGAGUUGGGUGUGAGUGUGAAUUUCAGGGAUAUUGAUGACCGCACGGCUCUUCAUAUUGCAGCGUGUCAGGGCUUAACUGAUGUUGUUGCUUUGUUGCUCGAGAAAGGUGCUGAGGUUGAUCCUAAAGAUCGAUGGGGGAGCACGCCACUUGCAGAUGCUAUAUAUUAUAAAAACAAUGAUGUGAUCAAACUAUUGGAGAAGCAUGGAGCAAAGCCUCUGAUGGCCCCUAUGCAUGUUAAUCAUGCACGUGAAGUUCCAGAAUAUGAAAUCAAUCCUAAAGAACUUGAUUUUACCAACAGUGAGGAGAUAUCAAAGGGGACUUUCUGUAGUGCAUUGUGGCGUGGGACCCAGGUUGCAGUAAAAAAGCUUGGGGAGGAUGUGAUUACCGAUGAGGAAAAAGUGAAGGCUUUCAGGGAUGAGCUUGCUCUGUUCCAGAAGAUCCGGCAUCCAAAUGUAGUCCAGUUUCUGGGUGCUGUGACCCAGAGUAGUCCAAUGAUGAUUGUGACAGAAUAUCUUCCCAAGGGAGAUCUUCGUGAUUUUUUGAAUAGAAAAGGAGCUUUGAAACCAUCAACAGCUGUGAAAUUUGCACUUGAUAUUGCUAGGGGAGUGGGUUAUUUGCAUGAGAAUAAGCCAUCACCCAUUAUUCACCGUGAUCUUGAGCCUUCUAAUAUAUUGCGGGAUGAUUCCGGGCACCUAAAAGUUGCAGACUUUGGGGUUAGCAAGUUGCUGGCAGUUAAAGAAGUUAGGCCUCUAACUUGCCAAGAAACUUCUUGCCGCUAUAUAGCUCCAGAGGUUUUCAAACAAGAAGAAUAUGACACUAAAGUGGAUGUAUUCUCAUUUGCACUAAUUCUGCAAGAGAUGAUUGAAGGCUGUCCUCCUUUUUCUGCAAAAAAUGAAGAUGAGGUUCCUAAGGUAUAUGCUGCAAAAGAGCGACCGCCUUUCCUAGCUCCUGCCAAGCGUUAUUCCCAUGGACUUCGAGAAUUGAUUGAAGAGUGCUGGAAUGAGAAUCCAGCAAAGAGGCCAACAUUUAGGCAAAUAAUAACAAGACUGGAGUCCAUCUACAAUAUAGUUGGUCAAAAAAGACGUUGGAAGGUUAGACCAUUGAGAUGCUUCCAGAAUCUGGAAGCUUUAUUGAAGAGGGAUCAUUCAAAUGGAAGCAGUAGGAGUGGUUCAUCUCGCUCCACAGCAAGCCGUAUAUGAAGGAGAACAUUGGUGUUGUCCUGUAACUUGAAUAUUGGCGUGAAGAUAAAGAUAGCAAUCGGAUUUGACUUGAGAUGGAGCAUUGCAACGUUUUCACGUGUGUAUUCCCAGGUUCAUGGUUGUGUUUUUGGCUUUCAAGAUUCAUUAUACUCUCAACGAUUUAUUUCCGACCAAAUUAUAUCUGGCUAUAGAAUUGCAUGUAACAUAAGCACAUGUUCUAGGAAUUUGCUCCUUGUCAUGUACAUUGUGUAUGUAUUAUGUAGCAAGACGAUUUUUUUGGGUAAACACUAUGCAAUAAGACUUUUGAAUAGAUUUUU